CAGAUCUGUGAUCAUCAUGGCGGAUGAGGUGUCGCGGGCGCAGAGCGCGCAGCCAGGAGGAGACACGAUAUUCGGCAAAAUCAUCCGUAAAGAGAUUCCUGCCAACAUAAUUUAUGAAGACGAUCAGUGCAUUGCCUUCCAUGAUGUGGCCCCUCAGGCUCCCACUCACAUACUGGUGGUCCCCAGAAAGCCCAUCACUCAGAUCUCCAAAGUAGAGGACGCAGAUAAAGAGCUGCUGGGACACCUGAUGCUGGUGGCUAAGAAGUGUGCGGAUCAGGCGGGCUUACCCAGAGGAUACCGGCUGGUGCUGAACGAGGGGCCCGACGGGGGCCAGUCCGUGUACCACAUGCACAUCCACGUGCUGGGCGGCCGGCAGCUGGGCUGGCCUCCUGGGUAACAUCUCUACAGACGCUCCUGUCACUGUUCGCCAUCGCUGAGGUGAAGUGUUGAUGUCAAGCAACAAUCCAUCCAGAAAACAA